AUGUAUACACGGACGGUUCUGCUGUUGCUGGCCGCCGCUGUCGUUACAGUAACUAGAGCAGACGAUACCGGAGGGUCUGACACAAGCCCGCCGAGCAAAUUGGACGACUAUGUGCUGACUACCCAAUCUGAGUGCUAUAAAUCAAAACGGCUGAUAUCGUGUUUCAAGUAUCGAAUUUCGCGCUACAUUUGGUCGUUCGCGUCCGGCAGGAUGAACUGGCUCUUGACGGAAAAGCAUGCAUAUGAAGCCGGUAACGGUAUGAAACUGGUGAGGCUGAAUGAGCUACAGGAGGAUGACGUAUUUCCCGAUGCGAGACAGAUUUCACCGUACGACAAUGAAAUGCUAAAAGCUACUAAAUUCCUUCAACGCUCGCUGAACACAUUCAUCGCAUCGCACGGUGUCCGGAUCGGAAUCGGCGCAGACAGCGGGGCGCGGUUUCUAGAAGACGACGAUGAUUUUGAAGGUCGCGGUAAAAAGAAAAAGAAAUGGAGCCUAAUUUUGCCAUUAGCUCUGAUGCUUAAGCUUGUGCACAUGAAGCUGCUGUUGAAGCCCAUCCUGCUGGGUGUGGGCCUGAUUCAGAUCCUGCUGAUUGCCGGUGGUUUGUUCAUUUUCAAUUACUUCCGCCAUAGCAAUAUUUGCCGCAUCCAGCCACAUCUGAUCCACUCGCAUUCUCAUAUAGCCAGUGAAUCAGCACCAGAAUUAUCCUAUGCUGCUUAUGGCUCAUAUCCUUCCUACUCGGCAUCGCCAUACAACGCUUACAGCAAGGAUUGGGCCACAAAUCGGGCAUACAGUGCAUACAGUUUUCUCGAUGCGAUCGAUUCACAUAAAAUGUAA